AUGUCUGUUGUGGUAAUUGCUGUAGCUACUGAAAGUGGGGUGCCAAUAUUUUCAAGGAAACGCGGUAAUAAUGAGAGUAUACAAUUCUCCACCAUAGCAUCACUCCAUGGCAUCAACAUGUUCAGUAAAUGUCACAAUUUAUCCAUGCUUAACACACAAGUUGACAAUGGAACUAUUCUCUGGAAAGAAUAUUGUAAAAGUGUAACCUUAAUAGGCAUAGCAACAGGAGGAUUGGAAUGUGACCUAGAACUUCUACUGUCCUGUGUUCACGAUGCUAUGGUCUUCUGCAUAGGGAAGAAAGAACUGGAAACUUUGAAGAACAUUGACCAGAUUAAAAGGGACUUGAGGCAGUGUUAUCCUAUCUUGGACUAUUUGCUGGAGUCUUUAGAUCCUAAUGCAUUAUCGAGUCCGCUUCCAACAUUAGUUCUGGAUUUGAUACAAAGCAUUUUAUGCCCACAGGCUCAGCAGUUGCAGCAAGCGCUAGACAACUAUGCAGAAAGUGUGACAGGCAGAUGGGCUUGUCUUAUAAUCCAUGGACAUCUAGUCGCCACCAGUUCAGAUUUCUAUGAACUUGAUCCUCGAGAAGCCAGACUCAUGUUGUUGCUAGCAUCUGCACAAGAUGGUGCACCGUUACGAGACACUCCUGUGUAUUUACCACAAAUGAGUCCUAAUGUAGCGUUCAGAGCAGUGACAUGUAAACUUCUUGCAGAUGUUUACAUUCUGGUCGUAUGUGGAGCAACCCCGGCGUUGUCACAGAUUGAUGAAAUAGUUCUUCAAUGCUGGGAAGGUUAUGCAUCAAUUAUAAAAGAGGCAAAACUUGUUCACCCUCGGAACUUUCCUAUGAGCUUGACAUUUGAACCAUGUGUUUUAGGAUUACUUAUAAUAAACAUAAAUAAGCGUCGUUGUGUAUUUUCACGUCAUUUGCAUCUAUCCAGCCAAAAAGGUAGAGGAAUGUCAGGGGCACACAGAAUGGACAUCCUACGAACAUUUUAUGUAACAUCUGCGAGAGAUUUGGCACCAGAAUUAAAACUGAAAGAUGGAAAUCAUAAAGAAGUAAAUGACGAGAUUGGCAAUAUGUGCGAAACUUACUGGUGUUCUGAAUACCACAAAUGUCAUGCACAAAGAUCAGGAAAUAUUCUGUGCUGCGCGCUAUAUGCAUCGACAGUGCAACUGCACACUAUCAGAUUAAUAACAAGUCAAAUACUCCAAGAUUUAAGUACCAAUAAAGAUGUUUACUGGUGA